AUCUCAUCUCGAUCGCUCUCUCUAAAAUUUUCUCUGAUUUUUUCUUCUUUUCUACUUUCAAUCAAUCAGUCUCUCCAUUUAAGGGAAAUUUUGAAGUGAUGAUGAUGAUGGAUGUUAAAGGCAGAAACAGCAAUCUCAAGAGCAGCUCCUCCUCCUCCUCCUCCACCACUCAAAGUGAAGAGGAGAUGGUGGGUGACUUGAGAAGAGGUCCUUGGACUGUUGAAGAAGACUUCAAGCUCAUCAAUUACAUUGCUACUCAUGGAGAGGGUCGUUGGAACUCUCUCGCUCGCUGCGCAGGCCUCAAGCGAACCGGAAAGAGUUGCAGAUUGAGAUGGCUCAACUAUUUAAGACCUGACGUUCGACGUGGAAAUAUCACCCUCGAAGAACAACUCAUGAUCCUUGAGCUUCAUUCGCGAUGGGGCAAUCGAUGGUCCAAGAUCGCACAACACUUACCAGGAAGAACCGACAACGAAAUCAAGAACUACUGGAGAACCCGCGUCCAAAAGCACGCUAAGCAGCUUAAAUGUGACGUGAACAGCAAGCAAUUCAAGGACACCAUGAAAUAUCUAUGGAUGCCUAGAUUAAUUGAAAGAAUUCAAGCAGCCAACACCACCGCCACUAGCAUUAGCACUGCUAAUACAGCUGCACCAACCACCGGUGUAGCCACUGCCAGCACCACCACAGACCCCAAUCAUCACAACCACCUAAUAAUCAACAGCACCGACAUGGGCAACGGGCAAUGGGCGGCUGUGGCUCAUGGCGGAGCAGGGUUCGUUGCGAAUGAGUUUGGGGUUGCACAAGUUACUCCUAGUACUUACACUACUCCAGAAACUUCAAGCACAGCUGCCUCCUCAGACUCAUUUGGGACACAGGUUUCGCAGAAUGAUUAUUACAGCAUGAAUCCAGAUUAUUUUCAAUCUGGGCAAGUUGGCUACUCAGAAUUGAUGAUUAGUCCUUCUGGUUAUUUUAACCAAGUACUGGAUUUCCAAGCCAUGGAGCAGAACAACCACCAAUUAUGGGUGGACGGUGGGGACCCAUCCGACAAUUUGUGGAAUGUUGAGGAGUUCUGGUUCAACAACAUGUGAAAAACCCCAUCAAAAACAGGCCCUUAAAUGUAGAUCAGGUUAAAAAAAACACUAUGGAGGAGGAGGAAGAAGAAGAAGAAUAUAGAAUAAUUCAUAAUACAUAUAGAAUCUAUGAUAGACAGAUCGAGAGGUCUAAUUGUGGAUUACUUCCUUAAUUUUUAUUUCCUUUGCGUUUUUUUUUUUUUUUAUUUGUUUUCUUAGUCUCAUUCUUUGACAUUGACACUGUAACUCUUUUGUUUGGGAAAAACUUAUUUGUUAAUUA